UGAAAUGACUAUAAUUACGUUUUAUAAAUUCGAAAUAUACUUGUUUAAAAAUCAAGGAUUUUCAAUUCAUAUCUACUCUAUAUAAGCAGCUAAUUUUCUAUUUACUAAAGGCUUUCACCAUUCGUUUGCUUAGACAAGUGAACACUCGUUGUUAAACUUCCAUUGUGAGUAAUAGUGAUUGUUUCUGUCAUUACUAUUUGAGGUACAUUACGAAAAGAUUUGUCGAGCCAUAAGGUUCUUCAUCUUAUAUAACACCUUUAGUUUUCACUAUAAAGAACAUACUUGCCAAAAUUCGUUCGAUACUUCUAUUUGUAAAAAGGAAUAAGCAAGUAACGUCUUACUUGCGUUCUCAACGUCCUAUUUUUGGUUAUAGUCACCGAUUUUGUACCUCUAAAAAAAUGUCAGACGAAGUUUACCAGCAAUUUUUGGACGCCGCUAAUGCUCCAGUUCCGUCUCCUCCUCCUAGGAGCCCGAGUGAGGUUCCUUCUCGAUGGAUGAAAAGCACUGGUAACCUUCCUAAUUCGGCUCCAUUGAACGCCUUGUCGGAACAGGUAAAAGGACAGUAUUAUAUCAGCGAGUCCGACGAAAUCUUCCAUCCCAUCUAUUUAGAGAAGCUUCCCUCUAACUUCCGAAAUAUUGAUAAAGAAGAGUUCGAUCCUCAUAAUAAAUAUGGCAGUAUCAUGAAGGCUGUCCAAAGUUGCUGCAGCUCAGGCUCGGUACAAAUUUUUAGUUACGAAGAAACAGAUGUUAAAACUAUUUACUAUAUUCUAAGCCAGCUGGACAAUGGCGGUUGGUGCGGCCUUACAACAAUGGCAGUCUAUACCUGAUUUGGGUUAGACUUUAAUGUAUGAUGUUUUACAUUCCUCUAGAGUUAAACUGUAGUCAUACAACAUUAAAAUUCAAAAUGUUGUAUAUGAUAAUAUAACUGAUAAUGUCUAAAUCAUGUCUUAUUUCUACAUAACAUUUAGCUAUUCAAAGUUUUCAAAAUAGCAGAUCCUUAAGAAGCCUUUUCAUCAGAAGUAUCUGCAGUUGGUGCAGGUUCAACUACUUCC